GACUGUCCUCCCUUUUAUUUUUCUCUCCUGCACCUGCUCCUCUCACCUACGAAUUCUCUCUCCGCAGGAUCAUUUCUCAAAUGUAGAAACUAUCCCCGAUUCACGCCAUUUUACACGGUUUUUGACUGCCGACGUUGGAGAUGAACAAAGAACGGCAACCGGAGCCUCUGGACUUCUUCAUUUGGACCGUUGAGGAUGUUGGUUUGUGGUUGGAAGAGAUAAAUCUUGGUAGCUAUCGCCAGAUUUUUGAAGAUAAUGGUGUCAAUGGAGAGUACUUGGAGAGUUUGUCCAUGUUCACCUCUGAACAAAUUCUACGGUUUAUAAGGAGGUGCCACAUGAAAUGGGGAGACUUCAUCACCCUGUGCAAGGAGCUCAGACGCAUUAAGGUGGCUUGCUUGAAAGGGGAGCAAGAAGUCCGCCGGCCAUGGUGGGCUCCAUCCUGCCUCUCAGCAGUUUUCGUUAAGGUGGCAAAGCGAAAUAGACAGUCUAGAGUUGUUUCCUUGAAGCUGGAACCAUGAUGUGGAUAUGGCUUGAAUGUACGUGCUUUUCUUCUUUUUCUAUUGGAGUAUAAAGAAAAGAAAACUCGUUUUUAUCUUUUAAAAGAUUGAAAUAGUGUUGCUGUUAGCUAAAGCCUCUUUCUAUGUUUCAAGCCUUUGUCUAUUCAAGAUAUAUUGGUAUUGUAGUUAUUUGCUUUUGCUAAUCUCUCUUGCUUGCUGAUAAAAGGGAAAGAAAAGUAAUGAAAAGAGAAAUUGGCUUGAAAAUCCUGGUGAGUCCAUACUCCGUAUCAUGAUCUGACACAUCAAAAGUUGCUCACAUUGGUAGUUACCGGUUUGAAUAGUUCACCUUGUUCUUGAAGAAUCUCAGGAGAUGAUCACCCGACCUGAGAUUCUGCUCACAUAUUAUGGUGGUAAAAAGAUUGGUGGUGCUUCAGCUACUCGUGUCAUUUCUCUCCUAUUUCUUGAUGGGUUUGCCUUUGUCGACAGAGUAGCUGAGGUUCGGGUUGUCUUGGGAGGAGGAUCAUGACUUAGGUUAACCAUCCAAUGAAGCAACUGCUUGGGCGCAAUUCUGUAUGGUCAUGACCUCCGAUGUUUUUCCAGGUGACAGAACAAAGAAACACAAGGAGCAGGAUUAGUAUGCAGGACAGAAAACCAGAGAGACCAUAUGAAUGGUGGGACCACCAUGACUCCUCUGACAUAGAGAAUGGCAUCUGUGAGUAACAAGGAAAUUUUGCACCGAAAUGGGAUUUUUGCUAUAUGCUGAUUGUGUUUGCCGCAUGGAGUGAAGAUUGCCUAGGAGCCACCAUCUUUGAAGGUGUGUUUUGUAUCGUAGAAGAUUUUUCUUCCUCUGAUUGAGGCGCAGCUAGUCGUUUUAAUUUAGUAGCAGAGAUGUCUCGCCAUCUGUGAAGCAGCACUUCGGAUCAUCUGCCUACGUUGAUGAUGGUGGUGGAGAAAUAUAGGCUGAUGGGGUUGAUGGGGAGUCAUCGAUGGAAACCUAGGAUUUCAAAGUGGCAAGAAUGGAGAUAGAGAGAGAGAUGAACUGGUUGCUUGCCCAAAAAAUUGAACUGCUCAAGCCGGUAAUUAAGCCCAACAUGUUUGACGUGUCAGCAUAUGGUGUGGACUUGUUGAGAUUUUUUGACCGAAGAGAAAGAUACUGCAUCAUCAAAUUCACAUAUGGCUUCCACUCACCUCUCUGUUAAAAAACUACUUAAGCUGUUCUAAAGGUAAAACUUUAGCUUAGAAACGAAAUUUGCUUCCUUUUGUAAUCAUACCGGUGUUGUAUCUUUGACAUCCUUCAUGAAUUCAAAUAAAGGUGGUAAUUCGUGUU